AGCUACUUUGAGCGGUUUUGUCAUCGUUUCGCUUCCCCUUUAUGACGUUUAUUUCCGCGAAGUUUGCUUAGUUACACACAAAGCAUGACGACCGAUUUCGAGUGGCCGUGGCAGUACGGCUUUCCUCCGUUCUUCACCCUCCAGCCGACACUGGCUACGAGGGAGAAGCAGCUCGAGGCGUGGAGCAAUCUGAUCCUGAACUACCACCGGGCCCACAAGGCGUACGUGCUGGACGUCGCCGAAGCCCUCGCCUCGCCGCUGUUCCACAACAAGGACAUCUCCCGAAAGCUCUCGGCCGACUCGCUGCGGGAGGUACUCAAGUACAUGAACUCGCGUGGCCAGGUCGCCUGGACGGACAAGCAGCAGUCGCGUUGCUACGUCUACUGGCGGUCGCCCGAAGAGUGGGGCAAACUGAUCUACGACUGGGCUGACGCCACGGGACACUUGAACACCGUGUGCACCUUCUACGAGCUCGUGCAGGGGGACGAUACGGCCGACACCGAAUUCGCUGGUCUGGACGUGGACUUGUUGCGGAUAUCCCUGCAGACGUUAGAGAAGCAAGGAAAAGCCGAGCUCAUCUCUUUCGAUGGCAGCGAUGGCGUCAAGUUCUUUUAAUUGCUCUGUGAAUUGCAGCACGUGUGAAUGGUGCCUGCCGAGGCAAAUACAACGCACACUCGUCGCCCACCAUGCCAGGGCCUACAUUGUCGUUAACAGUGUGUGCAAAAAGAAGCGGUAUUGUACCUUAAACAACGUUCG